ACAGACAGGCCACCACGAGCAAGGUCUCCGAGCCUGCAGUUAUACUCUUUUGGAGGAGUAACGGGAGAGUCGAGUAGGAGGGACCACUUUCUUUUCCGCUCUUUGCUUGAAAAUUAUACCAAGGCUGUUUUUGGCUCGCUCUCUUUUGUCAUUGGUGUAGCUUUUUCUCUGAGGCUGACGGGAUAUCAAGAUGGCCGCGUCGUUUUGAACAAAUAUCUCAAUCUUAGUUAUAUUUUAUUUUGCCCUGACUGGGUAUUUAUAUAUUUUUUUCUUGUUACAGUCAAGCAGACACAAUUAUAUAAAUAGCCACAUCUUAAAUAAGGACUCCGAGAGCCAGCAGUUAAUGAUUCGUUACUAACAGAAAUAAUGCUGAUAUCUGGAACUCAUGUCGAACGUCUAUGAAGAGAGAGCAACAAUGAUAGCAGCAGGGGAAUUGCAGGAGUUUGUUCCAUUUGGUCGUGACCACUGCAAGAACCACCCUAAUGCCGUGAACCUUCAGCUCCGGCAGCUGCAGCCAGCCUCUGAGCUGUGGUCCUCCGAUGGAGCUGCAGGCUUAGUGGGUUCACUUAGAGAAGUUACACUCCAUGAGAAACAAAGGGAAAGCUGGCAGCUGAGAAAAGGCACUGGUGGUGACAUUGAGGAGGUGGAGUUUGAGGAAGAGUUGUAUGUGGCUGGGAAUAUGGUCAUAUGGACUCGAGGAAGCAAAAAUCAAGCAUCAUAUGUGUAUAAGGCUUUCACUGUGGAUAGUCCAGUGCUGCAGGCUGUGUGGUGCAAUUUUAGUGUUCCUCAAAAUAAAGAAGUGGAAACAGAGAUUAUAGAAACAGUGUGCAUUGUUCAGAACACCUGUGUAAAUAUUCACAGUGUGAAUGGGAAGGAUUUUAUUUCUCCAUUGCCCUUUCAGGUAGCAAGUGUGUGGCCAUCCAAAUUUGGCUUGUUAUUUGAACGUAGCAAUCCAGGAACUGACGUAACACAGAGUCCACCAAGAGAACCACUGCCAACGGUUUUCAGCAUGCUUCAUCCGCUGGAUGAAAUAGCACCAGUGUGCAAAUCAGCAGGUCUUUUUGAAGCUUUACGAGUACAGUAUGUUUCAGACAGUACUCUCAAGAUUGUUUUUAUCAGCUGUGAACCAUCAAUUGUCAUGACUUAUGAUACUGUGCAGAAUGUACACACUGUCUGGGCACUACGUGAAGUAAAACCUGAGGAGCAGGCCGUAGUUCUAAAGUACCCUGACCAGAUUGGAACUCCACAGAACAUGGCUGUUAACAGCUCAUUGACAGCUCACCUCAGGAAUGUCUCCAAAGAUUCUCCUGCAGCCUCCCCAUUUCAGAACUACUCUUCCCUUCACAGCCAGGGCAGGACAACCGCCUCUCCAGGACUACACUCUCGAUCUCACUCUCCUGCCAUCUCUAACAUGGCUGCGCUCAGCCGUUCGCAUUCCCCAGCCAUUGGGGUUCCUUCAUUCUCAGGAGUUCAGAGGUUCAACAUGUCUUACACCCCAUCUCCGAAGCGUUACAGUACCUCCCACUCCCCAAACAGCACUUUUAAUGACUCCCUCUUAGCAAAUGAGGCUGAACCAAUUGCACCUCGACUCUGCAUUGACCAUCUGUGGACAGAGACUAUUUCAAAUCACAGAGAACGGAAUUGCCAAGCAACAAAAGUAUUCAUUACCUCAGACCUCUGUGAACAGAAGUUUCUGUGCUUUUUAGUGGAAUCCCAGCAUCAGCUGAGAUGUGUAAAAUUCCUAGAAAGCAAUGACCUGUCUCAGUUGAUUUUUUUAUCCGUCACCACUAUUUCAGCUAGGGAUGCAGCACCAAUAGAGGGCAUAGAUGCCAUGCUGGUUUUGGAAGUCAAUGGUAGCCUGGUUUUGUACACUGGAGUUGCUCGGGUGGGCAAGGUUUUUAUUCCAGGACUACCUGCUCCAUCUCUGAACCGGUCCACUCCUAUGCCACGACCCAGCACUCCCCUUGACAGUAUCAGCACUCCAGCAAGGCCUGUAAGUAGGCAUGCACAUCAUCUGGAUGAGGUUGUGAUGCUGUCACCUGUGUCUGAGUUAAGAGGGUCUACAAAGUUUAAUGAAUCCUCCUUAAUAGAAGACUGUACUGUCCAACUAUAUGGAACCUAUAUUCAUGCCAUGAGAGACCCUGUUCAUAACCGAGUUACUUUGGAAAUGAGUAAUGGUUCUAUGCUUAGGAUAAGCAUUCCUGAAAUUGCUAGCUCAGAAUUGGUAAGAAAAUGUUUGCUUGCAAUCAAAUAUAUCCUCCCGAAGGAAAUUGCUGUAAAAGUGCUGAUUAAAUGGUAUAACAUCCACAAUGCACCUGGGGGACCCAGCUGUCAUUCAGAGUGGAAUGUGUUUGUGACCUGCUUAAUGACGUUGAUGGGCUACAGCACCGACCGAUUAGGCUGGACACGCAAUCUCGAUUUAGAAGGCUCUCUCUCUCCAGUCAUUGCUCCAAAAAAGGCCAGGCCAUCAGAGAUGGGCUCCGAUGAUGACUGGGAGUACCUAGUGAGUUCUGAAUACCACCGGCAGGUAGACUCUCAUGUAUUGGCUAGUGCCUUGAAUUUAGAUUCUGUUGAGCCAUUGCCCCCAAAUGAAGAACUUUCAUCCCAGCUCAGCCUUGACCAUUCAGCACCUCUUUUCUGCCACAUUCCUGCUGUGUUCUAUGUUCUGCACUUAGUCUACGAAGAACUUAAACUGGACAACUUAAUGAGAGAUGGCACUCGCUCCCUUGUAAUUCUUUUACUGCAAAUGGCAAGGGAUCUACAGUUUGAAGAAUAUAUUGAUUUUUACUGGCGGGAUUACCCCUCAUUUUUUAAAACCAGUAAACAAUCUUGCAUAAUUGACCAAGCUCAAAUUGGGCAUAUGAACCAGCCGUCUUUCUUCACUGUAGAGCCUCCCUGUGUCUUCCAGUGGCUAAGUUGUUGUCUUAAAGGAGGGGGAGUACUGCCAUUCCCAUAUUUACCUGGCAUAUGUGAAAGAACUAAACUAGUAGUUCUGAGCUUUGCUUUGUAUAUUCUUGGUGAUGACAAUGCUGUUUCCAGUGAUAUUUCAAAAUAUCUGGUUAAAAUCUCAGCAGGACAAAAGAAACAGGUGAAUGAACAAGACAGUAAAAGGUUGAGUAUAAUAAAGCCCUCUGUGUUAAAUUCGAGUAUUGCAGAAAAACUUGUCAUCUGGCUAACAAAUACAGGUUUUACUCUAAAGGACUUGGAGUCUGUUCCUUUUGGAGCAGCCCUCCCUAUCAGGGAUGCAAUCUAUCAGUGCCGCAAACAGCCUUCAUCUGAUUGGUCUGAAGCUGUAUGCUUGCUGAUUGGACGCCAGGACCUCACCAAACAAGCUCAUGAAGUUACCUUGGCAAAAGCAAAAGCUACUAUUGGCCAGAUGAUAACCUCAGAUAUGCCGCCAGCAAACGAAGCAGAAGAGGAAGAUGACGGGAUGAAUGAUAUGAAUCAGGAAGUCAUGUCACUGAUCUGGAGCAAAGACUUGCGUGUACAGGAAGUUAGGCGGCUGCUUCAGAGCGCACACUCUGUGCGGGUGAAUGUGGUCCAUUUGCCUGAAUUCAAUGACCAUGAGUACAUAGAAGAGAAAGAGAACAAAUUGUUACAGCUAUGCCAGCGCACCAUGUCUCUUCCCGUAGGAAGAGGGAUGUUUACAUUGUUCUCCUAUCAUCCUGUGCCAACUGAACCGCUGCCAGUUCCCAAACUUAAUCUGACUGGACGGGCCCCUCCCAGAAACACAACAGUAGAUUUAAACAGUGGAAACAUUGAUGUUCCACCAAACAUGGCCAGCUGGUCCAGCUUCCACAAUGGCGUGGCUGCAGGAUUGAAGAUUGCUCCCGCUUCUCAGAUUGACUCUGCAUGGAUAGCUUACAACAAGCCCAAGAAUGCAGAACUUGCUAAUGAGUAUGCUGGCUUCCUGAUGGCUCUAGGGCUCAAUGGACAUCUUACAAAGUUAGCAACAUUGAACAUACACGACUACCUCACCAAGGGUCAUGAGAUGACAAGUAUUGGUCUGUUACUUGGUGUUUCUGCUGCCAAGUUAGGGACUAUGGACAUGUCCAUCACCCGUCUUCUAAGCAUCCACAUUCCUGCCUUGUUGCCACCCACUUCAACUGAGCUAGAUGUCCCUCACAAUGUGCAAGUGGCUGCUGUGGUAGGAAUUGGGCUGGUAUACCAGGGAACAAGUCAUCGCCAUAACGCUGAGGUUCUCCUUGCAGAAAUCGGCCGUCCCCCAGGUCCUGAAAUGGAAUACUGUACGGACAGGGAAUCCUACUCUCUGGCAGCUGGUUUAGCUCUUGGCAUGGUCUGUCUUGGGCAUGGAAGUAACCUAAUUGGAAUGUCUGACCUGAAUGUGCCAGAACAGUUGUACCAGUAUAUGGUUGGCGGACACAGGCGUUCCCAGGCUGGAAUAAACAGAGAAAAACAUAAGUCACCCAGUUACCAGAUCAAGGAGGGAGACACUAUAAAUGUGGAUGUUACGUGCCCUGGUGCAACUCUAGCUUUGGCUAUGAUCUACCUUAAAACAAAUAACAGGUCUAUUGCUGAUUGGCUUAGGGCACCAGACACUAUGUUUUUGCUGGACUUCAUUAAACCUGAAUUUCUCCUGUUGAGGACAUUGGCAAGGUGCCUUAUCAUGUGGGAGGAGAUCCUUCCCAAUGCCCAGUGGAUCAACAGUAAUGUUCCCCAAAUUAUUCGAGAGAACAGUGUAUCCCUUCAGUCACAAGAAGUAUCAGCCUCAGAGGACCUAAAUAUGGAAACACUGGCUCAAGCCCACAUAUACAUAAUUGCUGGCGCCUGCAUGGCUGUAGGGUUUCGAUUUGCUGGCACUGCUAAUUCAGAUGCAUUUAACUGUUUGUACAAGUUUGCAAGAAACUUUAUGCAGUGUUUACCGGCUUCUACUGCUGUGAUAAUGGGUCAUUACAACCUGGAGACAUGCCUCAGCAUUGUGCUUUUGUCACUCUCCAUGGUGAUGGCCGGUUCUGGGAACUUGAAAGUCCUCCAGCUUUGCCGCUUCAUGCACAAGAAGACAGGCGGAGAGCUGAACUAUGGGUUCCACAUGGCUCACCACAUGGCACUGGGGCUUCUCUUCCUGGGGGGUGGAAGGUAUACACUGAGCACUUCAAACUCUGCAAUUGCUGCCCUUCUGUGUGCUCUGUAUCCUCAUUUUCCAUCUCACAGCACUGACAACAGGUAUCACCUUCAAGCUCUGCGGCAUCUCUAUGUGCUGGCUGCAGAGCCCCGCCUCCUGGUUCCUGUUGAUGUAGAUACAAGUACCCCAUGCUAUGCACUGCUAGAAGUCACAUACAAGGGAAGUCAGUGGUAUGAAGAAACUACAGUUGAACUUAUGGCUCCUACCCUGCUACCUGAACUUGAUUUAUUAAAGCAGAUCAAAGUUAAAGGACCAAGGUACUGGGAGUUGACCAUAGAUCUUAACAAAGGAACCCAGCAUUUGCAAUCAAUUCUUUCCAGAGAUGGCAUCCUAUAUGUUAAACUGAGAGCAGGAAAGGUUUCGUACAAAGAAGAUCCGACGGGUUGGCAGAGUCUUUUGGCACAGACUGUAAAUCAUAGGAGUCCUGAGGUUCGCGGUUUUAAGCCUGAAGCAAUUAAAACGUUUACUUCUGAUGCUGCCCUGGUAUCAUUUGCAGAGUGUUUUUGCAAGCCUGCUAAAAACUUAGCACAUAAACAAGAUGUCUUGUCAUUAUUCACAUCUAUCCUCUAUGAGUGUGUUACCCAAGAGAAUCCAGAAAUCCUGCCAACUUACAUGGCCAUAGACCAGGCUGUUAGAAGACUGGAAAGAAAGGAGAUGUCCGAGACCUUUGAACUUUGGCAGAUAAAGCUAGUUUUAGACUUCAGCAGCUCCAAGAUUCUGCAGGAGAGACUGAGACAAACACCGGGUGAAGGACUUCUAAUGAACUCAGAAUUUCUUCCAGUAAUGAAGUGUUCAUCUGAUAACUCUCUGGAUCAGUGGCUUUAUGCCUAUGGAGAUGUCCUCAAGUCUUACCUGACUGGCCAACCUUACGAAGAGGCACAUAUGAAUAUGUUGGCUUGCUUUCUCGUUUACCAUUCAAUCCCUACACGUGGGAAAAUUAUGGGAGUUGGCAUGGAAGGUGCUACAUCCUUCUCGGACUUAUUGAAGUUUACUCGACUUGGAGUGCCUGUACGAGCAUUGCUGCGCCUAGCACCAGUACUUCUCUAAACCAGCAGUCUGUCAGUCCAUUUUUCAUGACGCAAGGAGGUGCUGUCGGAACUUUUAAUCAAAUGGCUAUCAAACUAUGUGUAUUUCAGACAUUUUACAGCUGCACUUGACUAAUUACUUCUUAAUUCAUAACCCUUAUUAGAUAGCUAUGACAUUCUUUUGAAAAUAGUUUCUUACCAGACAUUAUAAAUAAACUUUGCAUAUGUUUGUAUGUGCAUCUUUUGUCACUGUGGAGAUGUGAAGCUGUUAAAUAAAGGGAAAUACAUUGA